CUCUCUCUAUUCACGUCUCUUCAUUGAAGAAGCCAAAUUCUUCCUUUACAACCAACCAGCCAAAACCAUAGAUGGCUCCUACAAAGGCCGAGAAGAAGCCAGCGGAGAAGAAACCCGCGGCGGAGAAAGCACCGGCGGAGAAGAAACUGAAGGCGGAGAAAAAGAUACCGAAGGAGGGAGGGAGCGACAAGAAGAAGAAGAGGGUGAAGAGGAGCACCGAGACGUACAAGAUAUACAUAUUCAAGGUGCUGAAGCAGGUGCACCCUGACAUUGGUGUCUCGAGCAAGGCAAUGGGGAUCAUGAACAGCUUCAUCAACGACAUCUUCGAGAAACUCGCUCAGGAAUCGUCGCGGUUGGCCAGGUAUAACAAGAAGCCAACCAUUACCUCUCGGGAGAUCCAAACCGCCGUGAGAUUGGUCCUUCCUGGCGAAUUGGCCAAACAUGCUGUCUCUGAAGGCACCAAGGCUGUCACCAAAUUCACCAGUUCUUGAUUCGUUUCUUUGGUUUUAUUUGUGAUCUAGGGUUUUCUUUCAACCCCAAUUUGAUCCGCAUCUAAUGAGGGUUUCUUUUAUCGAGGCUGGAGAUGUAAAAUGAAAGUUUUAAUUCGGAAUGAUGAUAUGAUUGUUUUCUCUAU